AUGACAUCAAAAGUGGGCGCAGUUGCGACGAAAACCUAUCGCGAAAAGCUGGGUCCCGAGAUUCUCGAAGUUUUCGACAAAAGUUAUAAAUCUUUCACAGAUGUACAGGUCCUCGCCGGAACACAUCUUCUGAAUCUGUCAGAUGUCGUUGUUGAGUCACCAACUGGAUCCGGAAAAACGUUGGCUUUCGUUUUACCGAUGAUGAGAAUGAUUCAAAAUGCACGACUUCAACCCAAUGAAAUUGGAGCACUCAUUUUGUCGCCAUCGAGAGAACUUUGCAGUCAGAUUGUCAAUGUCAUCAAGCCAUUCGCUGAGAAGAUGAAACUGAAUGUGGAGACAGUGACUGGAGGACAGAAAGUGGAUAAGAAUAUCAAAAUGUUCAAGAAUAAGGAUAUCAAUAUUCUCGUUGCCACUCCAGGACGACUUUUCCAAAUUAUUCAACACGAAAAGACCAUGAUCGCUAGAGCCAUGAAAGGAGUUCAAUUGCUAGUUAUCGAUGAAGCCGAUCGAUUCAAUGAAAUUCAAUUCGAGGAUCAUAUGCGAGAGAUUCUCUCCUGCAUUCCCAAGCAACGUCGUACUGGUUUGUUCUCUGCAACUCAAGUGAAAGAAGAAGACGACCUGAUGGUUUUCGGUUUGAGAAACGCGAAGCAAGUGAAAGUGUCACAAGAGAGAAAUUCCGCAGCUCCUUCCACACUGAAAAACUAUUUUGUUGAAUGUCCAGCUGAUGAGAAAACCAGCGUUUGUCUGGAAUUCAUUCGACAGAGAACUGAUAAAAAGGUUCUCAUCUUCUUCCCAUCGUGUAACUCGGUCAGGUACUUCCAUAAGAUCUUCGAAAGAUGUCUCACCAAACGCCCACUAUUUGCUGUCCACGGAAAAUGCUCGAAUCCACACCGAGCCGCUCAAAUCAAAGCUUUCUCGGAGAGCACAAAUGGGGUGAUGAUCUCAACUGACGUUAUGGCUCGAGGAAUCGACAUCACCGACAUUGACUGGGUUAUUCAAUACGAUCUCCCGAAACACUCCAGUUGGUUUGUGCACAGAGCUGGAAGAACAGCGAGAUGCGGAAGAGAUGGAAAUGCGUUGAUUCUAAUUGCCACAGAACAACUUGCUUAUGUUAGCUUCCUUGAUAACCACGAGAAAGUGAAAUUGGAGGAAGUGAAAGUGCCAACGAGUACAUCUAGAAAGGCUGAGGAGUUGAGACAGAAGAUGAUCAAGAUUCAAGUCUCGGAUCGUGCUAUUCUGGAAUUGGGAACUCGUGCAUUCGUCAGUCAUAUCGAAUCAUACGCCAAACACGAUUGCCAUCUCAUCUGCUCCCUCGAUGAUCUCAAUGUUGUCGGUCUCGCCAACUCCUACGCUCUUCUCCGAUUGCCAAAGAUGCGUGAACUGGCUCAAAGAAAAGAUUUGAAUCAGUUCGAUAGAAGUGACAUCGAGACAUCCGAAAUCAAGUAUGCCGAUCCGAAGCUUGAAGCCAAUCGCGACACGGUGAUGAAGGAGAAGCACGAGAAGAAGAUUGAGACGUUGGCAGCGAAGGAGAAGAAGAGAAGAGAAAAGGAGGCGCGGAAGAUGAAGAGAGCUGGUGGAAGAUUCAAGAGUCGUGCUACUGGAGCAAAUGCAGAGGAGAAGCGUGCGAAGAAGAGAAAGUCGGAGGAGGAAGACGAUGCUCAGAAUGAUAUCCGAUUGUUGAAGAAGAUCAAGAGAGGAAAGUUGAGCAAGAAGGAAAUCAAAGAUGUUCUUUAA